AAUUCGUCGCCCUCCACCCUGCCGUCCAGGCAAUCCCGCAGCGUCUCCGUCUCGUCCUUCACGGGCUCCGUCAGCAGCAAGAGCCGCUAUGCCGAGCCGGGCACCUCCGAGGUCCACGCCGAGCGAUCUAGCUUCUCCAGCAGCCCUCACUCCUCCAACCCUUUCAAAGGCGCUCGACCGACCUGGAACAGCGGCCGACGACAAUCAACCGCAUCCGAAGUCUUGACCGAGGAGCUCUAUCUGGGAGAGUCGCAGCAGAAUCCGGUCUUCGUCGACGGCGACACCCCACGAAUGCGUCCCAUUUCAGAUGCUCCCGCAAGCCACACGGCAGCCCCCGAAGCAGCCCUGCCCUCGAGGUCAUCGUUCUCAGACUCCCAUUCGAUUCGAUCCAAACGCCUGUCGGGGACAUCGCUGUACUCGCUGGCUUCGGCUCGUGGUGUCAUCAGCCCGCCGCAGUCCAACCCGGUGUCUGAUCAGAAUCCCCCUCCGCGAUCGGUACCAAGCCUGAUGUCCUCUGGGAAAGGGCCAUCCUCGGCCCAGUCGGACACUGCAUUAUCCGGCGUCACCGUGACCACUUCUUCUGGUAAUCAGUCGGGACACGGGUCUUCUAACAACCAUAGCCUUGCGGCAAGAGAGACGCAGUCGCCGCAUCACGAUCUCGUCCGGCGAAACCAACGGUCCGAAACAACAGCUCCCAUGCGAAGCAGCCAGCCCGAUCGCUCUCGGAGUAGAGCUAAACGACGUUUCAGCGGAAGCACUGCGUACAGCAGCCAGAGUCCGAGUAGCGAACGAGGACCUCACCAUCGGGAGAAGGAAGAAGCCAAACCCGCGCCUCUGGGCGUCAUUGGUAUCUGCGCUCUCGACAUCAAAGCCCGAAGCAAGCCGAGUCGAAACAUCUUGAAUCGUCUGAUUGCGAACCGCGAGUUUGAUGUCGUGGUGUUCGGUGACAAGACCAUUCUUGACGAAGAGGUUGAAAACUGGCCUAUGUGUGACUAUCUGAUAUCGUUCUACUCUGAUGGAUUUCCCUUGGACAAGGCUAUUGCUUAUAUCAAAACGAGAAAACCCUUCUGCGUCAACGAUGUGCCAAUGCAAAAGAUCCUCUGGGACAGGCGUGCAUGCCUGCGUCUACUUGACAAGAUUCAAGUUCGCACGCCCAAGCGCCUUGAAGUGACACGGGACGGCGGGCCAAAGGUCCUUACUCCGGAGAUGACGAAAUACAUCAAGGAGGUUUCCGGAGUGACGCUGGAACCGACCGAUCCCGAAAAGAAUCCGCCGCCCAAAAAGGUCGAGCUCUUAGAAGACGGCGAUGUUCUCAGCGUCGAUGGAGCACUACUCAAGAAGCCUUUUGUCGAAAAACCAAUCAGCGGCGAGGACCACAACAUCAUCAUUUACUUCCCAAAGAGUUCCGGAGGAGGUGCACGCAAACUGUUCCGAAAAGUUGGAAACAAGAGCUCCGAGUACGUCCCGGACCUCAAUAUCCCCCGGGCCAUUACCGAGCCCGAGAGCAGCUACAUAUAUGAGAGCUUCAUGGAGGUGGACAAUGCCGAAGAUGUCAAGGCCUACACUGUCGGGCCUUCGUAUUGCCACGCCGAAACCCGCAAGUCGCCCGUUGUCGAUGGUAUCGUUAGGCGGAACACGCACGGCAAGGAGCUGCGCUACGUGACGAGCCUCGGUGCUGAGGAACGAGAAAUUGCCCGCAAGAUCUCGACCGCCUUCGGACAACGAGUCUGUGGGUUUGACUUGCUCAGGGCUUCGGGGAAGAGCUAUGUCAUCGAUGUCAACGGCUGGAGCUUCGUCAAGGACAACGAGGACUAUUACGAGCAUUGCGCCAAGAUUCUGAAGGAAGUCUUCAUCAAGGAAAGACUUCGCCGUGGUGGUAGCAUAACAUCACCGCCCCAAGCUCCUUCUCCCGCCCCUUCUUCGGAGGUCGACCCCAUUGCCAAGGCAGGACAGUCGAUGACCGAACGCGAGCAAGGAGGGGCUGCAGACACCACGGGCGCCACUGCCAGCGUGCCCAUUCCUGUGGCCAAGCAAAACAACCGCUCGACGCAAGCUGAGCAUGCCGGCCAAGUUGAGUCUGGGCCAGGCGCCCCUAGCGGUACGGCAUCGCCUACAAUCGAGAGCAACCGGACGUCGGUUGGCCAAAGCACAUCAGGGAGCCCCUUACUACCGCAGCCGCUGCUGCCGCCUACAGAUGUCGUGUCGCCCAGCGUCUUCUCGUCCACACCCAGGUCUAGCAAGGAUUCGUCACAGUCUCCUACCGCCUUAGCGCCCCAGGAGGAAGCAGAGGCCGAACCCACGCCUCCCCCUCCUCCUCCCCCCAAACACUCGUGGAAGUUGAAGGGCAUGGUUUCGGUCAUCAGGCAUGCUGACAGAACUCCGAAGCAAAAGUACAAGUUUACCUUCCAUACCGAACCAUUCAUCGACCUGCUCAAAGGUCAUCAGGAAGAGGUGCUCCUUAUUGGGGAGCCUGCCCUAGCGAGCGUGAUACAGGCAGUGGAUGUUGCCUACCUACAAGGCGUCGAGGACCGAGAAAAGCUCAGAGCUCUCCGGAAUGUACUUGUGAAGAAGGGAAGCUGGGCCGGUACCAAAGUACAGAUCAAGCCCAUGUUCCGCAAGAAGAAGCAGGAUCCCGCGCCGGAAGAAGCUGAGGAAACCUCUCAACCAGGUGAACAGACUGGCGAAGACACGCCGAUAGCCCCCGGAAACGACACAGGCAAACGUGAGGGGCGAUCCCCGAAGCGACAUGAUUCUAUUUCAGAAGUCACCAUGUCGAAGUUUACCGCUGCUGAAGAGAGCCUUGUGCUCGACAAGCUCCAGCUCAUCGUCAAAUGGGGUGGCGAGCCGACCCAUUCGGCGCGGUAUCAGUCGCAGGAGCUGGGCGAGAACAUGCGCAACGAUUUGAUGCUGCUGAACAGGGACAUUCUCGACGAGGUCCAUGUCUACAGCAGCUCUGAGAGGCGGGUCACCGCCAGUGCACAGAUCUGGGCAUGUUCCUUUUUGGGCCAAAAGGAGCUGCCGGAGGACUUCAUCACCAUCCGCAAGGACCUCUUGGAUGAUUCAAACGCCGCCAAGGACGAGACGGACAAGGUGAAGAAGAAGCUCAAGGGCCUACUACGCGAGGGCAACGAACGCCCGGCGCAAUUCGCGUGGCCCGAGAAUAUGCCCGAGCCGUCAGAGGUGCAAAACAGGGUCGUGCAGCUGAUGAACUUCCACCGCCGGGUACUACAGUACAACUACGGCAAGCUGCACAGCAGCAACGCCGCCACGGCUCUCAACGCCAUCUCGAACCCGAGCUCCGAGAAGCUCAACGGGGAGGGAUCGAGUUCGUCGCUUUCGUCAGCGCUAUCGCAGGCUAAUGCCGUCAACAACAUCCAGCCCAGAUGGUGCUGCGGGGAAGAUGCGGAGCUCUUCCGCGAGAGGUGGGAGAAGCUUUUUGCCGAGUUUUGUGACGCAGAGAAGGUGGACCCUAGCAAGAUCUCUGAGCUCUACGACACGAUGAAGUUCGAUGCUCUUCACAACCGGCAAUUCCUGGAAUGGGUCUUCACCCCGCCGAGGAGCAUGCUUGAGGAAGAAUACGGCGUCAAAGAUGGCAAGGCCAAGGACGGCGAGGAUGUCAAGGGGGGAGCGACCGCGGCAGUGGACGACAAGGCCGCAGGGGCCUCUUCUGACAAUUCUGACAAGAAUGAGGGUUCCAACCGCUCAGCAACUGUUCGGAAGCUCUUCCGGCGACGGUCCUUCCUCAACGGCCUCCGCCACAUGAAUGACGAGGCGCCCCCCGAGCAGUACUUUAGGCUAUACAAGAGCAACAGUGGCGUGGGAGAGAAGACGGAUCCACGGAACGAGCCGCUUCAGGAGCUCUACCGGCUGGCCAAGGUUCUCUUCGACUUCAUCUGCCCGCAAGAGUACGGCAUCUCGGAUAGCGAAAAACUGGAAAUCGGUCUCCUGACGUCCCUGCCGCUCCUCAAGGAGAUUGUGCAGGAUCUGGAGGAGAUGCAGGCCUCCAAUGACGCAAAGUCCUUCUUCUACUUCACCAAGGAGUCGCACAUCUACACUCUUCUAAACUGCAUCAUUGAGGGCGGCAUCGAGACUAAAAUUAGUCGCAGCACUAUCCCUGAGCUGGACUAUCUCUCACAGAUUUGCUUCGAGCUGUACGAGUCGGAAGUGAACCCGCCGCCGGAGGAGGGCGACGAGCCCGCAUUUGCCUACAGCAUUCGCAUCACCAUUAGUCCUGGUUGCCAUGUUUUUGACCCCUUGCACGUCCAGCUCGAUAGCAGGCAUUGCAUCGGAUGCGCGCCACGACGCAGUCUCACGCCACAUUUGGAUUGGUUGCAAGUGAUCAAGACGCUGCGUGCCAAGUUCAACCAGGUCAAGUUGCCAAAGACCUUCCUGGCCAUCAACCUGUCGGACGCCUUUACCUUCGAAGAGCACGACAAACAGGGGAGCGACCAGGAGGGGGGCCUAGAGAUGAAGUCAGUCAUCGCUAAGAACAUGGCACCCGCUGGUGCUGGCAUUGGCGAAAGCACCAUCAGCAAUGCGCUUGCCGCCGAUGCAGCUGCUUCUAUCGCCGAUCCCAAGGAUACAACUAUCGAUCCGGCUUGAUGUGCGUGAAGGACUCUCGUGCAGUAGCCGUAGCCCUACAAGGCGGCUGGACACACUGACCAUGCUGAGUGACAGCGAUGCCCUGGCU